GGGAGGAGCGCGGGGCGGGUCUGUGCCUCUGCUCCCCCAGUCUCCUGCUCCAGCCUCAAACAACAACACCAGCCCGCUACAGAGCCCCAACCCCCGGCAGUCACCCCGGCCAAGCCCCGCUACUGCCGCAGCUUCAGCCGGUCCUCCCGACACAAUGAUGCGAAAGGACUUGAACAAACCGAAGGGGAAGACGUCGGCGUACGCCUUCUUCGUCCAAACGUGUCGUGAGGAGCAUCGUAAAAAGAACCCAGAACAGUCCGUCAACUUCGCAGAGUUUUCCAAGAAGUGCUCUGAGAGAUGGAAGGCACUGAGUCCCACCGAUAAGAAAGUGUUUGAGGACAUGGCCAAAGCCGACAAAGUCCGGUACAACCGCGAAAUGAAGGACUACAUCCCUCCAAAAGGUUUCGGCAAAAGAGGACGCAAGAGAAAAGACCCCAACGCCCCCAAGAGACCCCCGUCUGCGUUUUUCGUGUUCUGCGGUGAGUACAGACCCACGGUGAAGCAGCAGUAUCCUGGUCUGUCCAUCGGGGACUGUGCCAAAAAGCUGGGAGAGAUGUGGUCCAAACUGGGACAGAACGACAAGCAGCCGUACGAAGAGAAGGCCCAGAAGCUCCGGGAGAAAUACGACCGGGACAUGGUGGCUUACCGCGGAGGAGGCACUUUGGCUAGAAAUCCUGGGUCUUCAGCUCAGGGUCCAGAGGAGGACGAAGACGACGAAGGAGAGGACGAAGACGAGGAUGAGGAGGACGACGAGUAGAUCUUGGACCAGGAUCUGGACCAGGACUGACGGGUCUCUCAGAACCACCACCAAAACCGGACUAGACAGGACUGAACCGGGGACUUUUAGCACUUGGAACUAAACCAGGACUUAGGACUCGAUAGUUAAACAUAUCCCAUCCCUGGUUUUUGAAUGGUGUCGAAUGGAAACGUACUAUUUUAUAUCUUCCAAAUAUUUAGUCGAUGGUUGGAGAACGCUGUGGACUUCUGCACUUGUUUUAAAUUGUGUGAAUCAUGACAAAAAAAAAAAGAGGAAACGGUUACAUUUCAGAAAUAAUGUAAAGGAAAAAUACGUACUGGUGAAUAUAGUAUUUUAGUUCCACUGUUGAUUUUAUUUGACGAAAAGGAUGAAACUUGUAUUUUAUCUUGUCGAGUAUAGAAUUUAAAUUUGGAGUUAAAAAAAAAAACACUGGUGUAACAAGUUAUUUCGCAAAUUUUGAAAAAGAAAAAAAAAAAAGGAACAGGUGACAGUGACGUUAGUUCCACUGUUGAUUUUAUUUGAGGAAAAAAAAGAUGAAACUUGUAUUUUAUUUUGUAUAGAAUUUAAAUCCGGAGUUAAAAAAAAGCGCUUAUGUAACGUCAAAUUUGUUUUAAAUGAACAAAAAAAAAAAAAAAAACCCAAAAUUUGUCAGUUUGCUUUUGAAAAUUUGAGAUUACACCGGGGAUUUUGUAGAAGGACCAGGAUUAAACCCAGACUCGGUCUUGUGGUCGGACUGGAUUUGUGUGGUGCUCCUCUGAGACCCUCACGUGCGCGCUCCCCGUGCUCGAGCGCAGGGGCGUGCACGUGCUGUGUGUGUGUGCGUGCGUGCGCGGCUGAGCUGUUGUAGACACCAUUCCACCUCUUCGUGUUGUUCGUGACGUUUUUUAUUUGAUUCACUGAAACGUAGAAAAGUUUUUUUAAUAAAAACACAAAAUGAACCAAAAAA